CUUUGGCAGUAAUAUAAGCUGGGACACGCCGACAUAACAGCGCGGGGCAACACACACGCCCACGACGCCGUCGCCGCGACGCAGCCCCGAGGCGCCGCAACAUAAUCGACAGCCAGCAUGGGCCGCAUGACCUACAAUGCCCUCCAGCCGCCCUUCCCGGAGCACAAGCCCGAGGACCAGCCCGCGAGGCAGGCCGCUGUAGAGAAUGAGCUCAAGUUCCACACCGCGCGCCUCGACGUCGCGGCGAUCCAAAACUUGUAUGAUGUCCACGACACGACCGAGAUGCGCGAGGAGCUGCGGGCCGCGCUCAACGUCUCCGAGGCGCUGGACGCGCAGCAGCGCGAGAUCGUCCAGGACUACUACUUCCACCUCUACGCCUUCGCGAAGGCGAAGGGCUUUGACGCGAAGAAGGCCGGGACGCUGCUGAGCAUCUGUCGCGAGAUCUUCGACGCCGACGCGGCCACGAACGCGCCGUCGGAGUCCAUGGAGAAAUCCUUCGAGCGGCUCGAGGCGCAACUGCUCCGCCACGCCGAGUUCCGGCCGCCCAAAGCCCUCGACAUCUUCGACGAAGGGGACGUCCAGGAGAUCAUCGAGUGGAUGCUGCACAACUACUUCCGCCACUACAAGCUCUACAAGGCCAUCUUCACGAAGCGACGGUCCGACGUGUUUUCCCAGGCGGCGCCCUUCGCCGUCGAGGCGCCGCGGGACCCUCUACCGCUCUCGUCCUUCCUGCCGCUCCGCGUCGAAGUGGACAUGCCCGAGGAUGCACCGGCGCCGGCGCCGGGACCGGCGCCGGCGCCCGCCGCGGCGUUAGACACGUUCGAGGCAUCGAGCGUCGCGUCGGAAUGCCCGCCCGCCGAGCCGAUGCCCGCGGAGGACGACGGGGAAGAGUAAUUUGUAGGUCAUGGUUGAUGCAGGCGGCCCAACCGGCGGCACUUCCGGCGGCGGCGGAAUUCAAGCUAGGUCUUGAUUCUUACAAG